GUUCCGGAGUGAGAGCUGCCCCCCCCCCCUCCAGCUGCGGGUUCCCCGGUAACUCCUCCACAGGUGCGCCGUGGCUGACUCCAGGUCAGCUGCCGGUUCCCCGGUAACUCCUCCACAGGUGCGCCGUGGCUGACUCCAGGUCAGCUGGAGGAGCCUCUGUGCUCCGGGGACCGGAGCUGCAGGAACCAAUCCGCUCAACACAUUCCAACCGGACCCGGUGACCCAGAGGUGCUGGUCGAUGACUUGUUGAACAGAGACGGGCUCACACUCAGGCUGUUGACCGGGAGGCCCUGUGGGCGUAGCCUCUCCGGGAGUAGAAGGACAGGUCUGACCAGAGACCCAGGUAUGGAGAGCUCCCCUGAGGCGUCCCGGACCGGUGGCCCCUCCAACCCCAAGCCGGUCCUGGCCCCCAAACCCCGGCUCACUCCCAAGCCCUUCUCUCUGCAGAAGAGCUCCGCCAUUCGCUCCAUCAGCACCCCGAAGAAGGCCGCCGUCCCCUCGAAGACGACAACGCAGCAGACGGACGGGUCCGAGGCCACGAGUGUCCCCGGACCGGCCGGGACCCCCCCCGCUCAGAAAGACCCUCGGCAAAGCACCGCCUCCGAUUCCAAACCCAGGCCUGGAAGGGUGCUCGCCAAAGAUCUGCCAAAAGCAACCAGGGGAAGUCCACAUGGAGAGGACACUCUAGAUUCUGGUGUCGCUCCCCCCUCCGAGACCGUCCAGAGAGACGAUGUCAUCCAAGCGGACCGCAAAGCGUCCACCGGUUUUGUAAACUCAGCACAGAGAGACGGAAAAAAGAAAGAAGACGAGACUCGUCCUUCUGUCGUCCAGAACCUCACCGAACCGGGACCGGACCUUUCUCCUGCAGACAAGCCAGCGAGCCGAUGGGGCGGCAGCAGGAAGCGUCUGUCCGCGAAGCUGACCUCCAGGUUUGAGUCCGCUGGCCUAUCUCCGCCCCCCCGGCCAACCGCAACCGUCUCCACAACCGGCGGCAUCGACGGCGCCGACCGACCCGAGUCUUCUGAUCCGGAGCCGAGCCGCACGGAGCCGCCGGUCACAGAGUACCACGGGGGAGGCAGCAUCCGACGCAGGAUCAGUCUCCUGUUGGACUCGUCGUCGAGGCCGGAGCCCACGAGCAAGAGAGACGAGCCCGACGCGGUGAACGGCCCGGUGAAGGGCGUGAAGGAGAGGAUCCAAACGUGGGCCUCGGGACGGACCCCGCGGGGCCCCGAGCAGCAGCCUCGGGUUGCACCCCGGAGCCGCUCCGAGAGCUUGGAGCCAGCAGCAGAGGCCCCGCCUCCUGAAGCGGGGCCCCGGUCCGGCCCGGCAGAGGAGCGACCACCGAUGACCCCGAUGGAGACGUGCGAAGACGCUCCCGCUGAAGUCCAGGCAUCGGAAAGCCCAAAAGGGAUGCAGGACCAAUCCACAGAGGUCCAACGCGGCACUGGCAGCUCCCCCGAAGAGGAGGGAGGAGCCUCCGCCGGGGGAAGUGCUCCCGGCGCUACGACGAGGGACCACGCCAAGCGGCGCUCCGUUCGCUUCGGCGUGGUGGAGAGAGACGAUGGCGGGCCGCCCCUCAUCCUGGGCUCAGCCAGCGACUGCAGCGAGGAAGAAGAGGCUUCGGAGGAGGACGCUGAGGAAGUGACCCCUGCUGCCGGGCCAGGAGGUCUUCUUCAGAAGAAGAAAGACGAUGAGGAAGAGGAACGGACGGGACAUCUAGAAUUUGAAAGAAGACGGAGAGCAGAGGAGCACGAACAGCCACGACUCGAGCUGGAAGAGGAGCGCAAACGACAAGAAGGAGAAGAAAGGGAGAAAGAAAGGGUGAGGCAGCGGGAGGAGGAGGAGGCGAGGGAGAGACAGAAGCAGGAGGAAUGGAAGAGAGAAAGGUUGAAAGAAGAGGAGAAGGAAAGACAGAUGCAGAGACAACGAGACGAGGAAAGACAAAGGGCCAAGCAGAAAGAGGAGAGGAAAGAGGAGAGACGGAGGGAGGAAAGAGAAAAACAGAAGCUGAGAGGGGAGGAGACGAAUGAGGAGAAACAACGAGAGGAGGAGUGGGAAAAAGAGUGGCUGAACAAGACCGAGAGACUGAGAGGGGAAGAGGAGAAGGGAAGAGAGGGUAUCAGGAAAAGACCGACAGAGGAGAGACUGAAGGAGGAGGAGGAGGAGGAGGAGAAGGAGAGAUCGAUUGACAACCAAGAGGAUUACAGAAUGGAGGGAAAACUGCGGCAGAAGGAAAUUAACAAAAAGAAGCAAAGAGAAGAAGAGUGGGAAAAAGAGUGGGUGAGAGAGACCGAGAGGGUAAGAGAAGAGGAAGAAGAGAAGGAGAGAGCGAAAGAGUUGGUGUGGCAGAGAAAGACAGAGGAGGAGAGAGAGAGGGCGAGACACAAGGAGGAGAGACUCAGACAAGAAGAGAGGGAGGAGGCGAAGGAAAGCGAAAGGGAAGAGGAAAGGAGGCUGAAAGAACGACAAGAGAAAGAAGAGAUGGAGAGAAUGAGGCAAACAGAGAGUGAGAGACUGAGAGAUGAGGAAGUAAGGAAAGAGGAAAGGAUGAGGCAGACCGAGAAAGAAAGAGUGGAAGAGUUGGAGAGGAGAAUGAGAAAGGAAUUGGAUAGAAAGCGAGAACAAGAACUGGAGGAGAAGAGAGAAAGGGAGGAGGAGGACGAGAAGAGAGAAAGGCAGGAGGAGGUGAAGAGACAAAGGGAGGAGGAGGAGAAGGAGAGAGAAAGGGAGGAGAAGGAGAGAGAAAGGGAGGAGGAGAAGAGACAAAGGGAGGAGGAGAAGAGACAAAGGGAGGAGGUGAAGAGACAAAGGGAGGAGGAGGAGAAGGAGAGAGAAAGGGAGGAGGAGGACAAGAGAGAAAGGGAGGAGGAGGAGAAGAGACAAAGGGAGGAGGAGGAGAAGAGACAAAGGGAGGAGGAGGAGGUGAAGAGACAAAGGGAGGAGGAGGAGAAGGAGAGAGAAAGGGAGGAGGAGGAGAAGAGACAAAGGGAGAAGGAGAGAGAAAGGGAGGAGGAGGAGAAGAGAGAAAGGGAGGAGGAGGAGAAGGAGAGAGAAAGGGAGGAGGAGGAGGUGAAGAGAGAAGGGGAGGAGGAGGAGAAGGAGAGAGAAAGGGAGGAGGAGGAGGUGAAGAGACAAAGGGAGGAGGAGGAGAAGAGAGAAAGGGAGGAGGAGGAGAAGAGAGAAAGGGAGGAGGAGGAGGAGGAGGCAGCGUCUCCUCUCAUGGCCUCCGAGCUGCUCUACGAUGACUUCUCCGUCCCGUCGGCUCUGGCCAACGUCGACUUUGACGACUUCUCCGUCAAACCGAAGAGGUGGAGCUGGCAGCCGAAAGGAGGAAGCACAGCGCCGGCCCACAGCUGGUCGGAGGAAGAGGAGGAAGAGGAGGGCGCUCAGGCCUCACUGGACGCCGGCCCUCUGGGAAACAGAGCGCCGCAGCAGCUGGAAGCACCAGACCGCCCAGAGUCCACGUCAGCCCGGGAAAGUCCUGAGGAGGAGGAGGAGGAGGAAGAGGAAGAAGAGGAGGAGGAGGAGCUCAUCCUCAUGGAGGUGGAGGAGGAGGAAGAGGAGACACAGAGGGAGGAAGCGGAGGAGACAAAUGAAGAUAAAGUGGAAAAAGAAGACGAGCAGAAGACUCUCAGUUACAGCCCAAAAGACGAGGACCCGGAUGAGCCAGACCAGCACAGCAGGGCUCAGGGACAGACAUCUGAAAUGGACAGCCCAAAGCUGCCUGGAAACUCUUUAGAGACCCUCCACUGGGCGGGACGCUGCGUUCCUGAGGUGGGCCUGGCCUGA